AUUCUCAUCAAGCCUCAUCCAACCUUAACUUGCUCUCUACCACACACGGUCUACAGCCAGCUAGCUAUCAACCAACCAAGAGCUACAAAAUGGACUCCCUCAAAGACAAGGUGCACGAGAUUGAGGAGGGCGCUAAGAAGCAGUUCGAUAACUUAUUCCACAACAAAGAAUCCCAACAGGACAACGUGAACGAGCAGGCGAAGAAGAAGACCGAGGACGCUAAGAAGUCUGCGACGGAUCAGGCGAAGAAUCUGGCUGGGAGGGAGUAAUGGGUCUUAUACCUGUUGAGUGAUUCUGGAUGGAUGGUACAGAAUUUGUUUGACUUGGGCCAAUGUGGAUAUGAAUCUGUUGAGUGGAGAGUAGUAUAUAGGGUGUUGU